AUGAAGUACAACGGCGCGGAGAUUUUGCAGGAGGGAGGCCUGGAAAAGAACAAAAUCGUGAACUUUGUGCACGGUCUGCUCCGCGCGGUGGCCAACCCGGCCCAAAACUACCACGACAUCGACGUGACCGCGCCUUCCGACCCGUAUUUUCCCAUGUUUCGCUUCUUCGACCUGUUCGAUCUGCACUCCUGGUCGCGGGGCUUGCAGCACAACACCUUCGGGAAAGACCAGGAGUCCACCUCGGAGGAGAUCAACUUUUACCACGGCGCGCAGUUGUGGGGUCGCUGGAUGAAAAAGCACGGCCAGGCUCUGGGGUUAUCCGAGUACGCGGAGCUCGGGGCCCGGCUGGAGACCAUCUUUACCGUCCUCACCGCACUGAACGCGCAGUCGAUCUGGACCUUUUACCAGAUGGAAGAAUACGAAGACUUCGGCGACAUCCACCCGCUCGAGUUCGCGCGGAACCACUGCGUGGGCAUGCUGUACCAGAACGAGGUGAAGUACAGCACCUGGUUUGGCCCCGCGAAGGAGUACAUCCACGGCAUCCAGAUGAUGCCGCUGACCACCGCCCUGCGGCUGGCGCGGGACCCGGAGUUCAUGAAACUGGAAUACUACGACACCUUCGACUGCAAGGAUCCGGCGAACUACGCAACCGACGCCUACUCCUGCGUGGCCCCGUGUCCGGCCCAGGACAUUUCGAUCGUCGAGAACCACGUGCAGAACCUGGCGACGCUGCACAACGGGUUGAAAAUGUGGAUCGGCCAGAUUGCCACCGGCAACAUGGCCCUCACCGACGACCUGGCGGCCCAGAAGCGGGCGUACAACAUCCUGCGGGACUGGAACCCGGCCCACCGGAGUGUGGACGCGGGCGCCAGUCUGUUGUUCUACAACUAUUGGGUUCUGAAAAUUGCGGAGGCCGUCGGGAACGACGUCACCGAGGGCGGGGCGGUUCUGCCGAAGCUAAGCGGCGGCCUUGAUUCGACGCAGUCCGCCGUUGUCGAUGCGGUAAAGAUGGCGGCCCACCGCGGCGUGGGCAAGGCCUACUGCAACGCGAUUUCGGGCAUUGGCAAAAUCUUCCCGUCGCCCUUGGUGUGCCAGCACGCGUUUAUGGGUACGCCCGGUAUCACAAACGUACCCUUGAGCACACACUUCGGAGUGACGGUCUGGUAUGCGACCCUUACCGAGCAGGGUCCUUAUCUCAACCCCGCCGACCCAUCUCCGUCGUCAAUAACCUUGGUGAGUGACAUGUUCGCCACCAGUGCGCCGGGAGGUGGUACAGCUACGACAAGUACUAAUCCCCCAGCCUCAAGUAGUAGAACGUUGUCCUCGACGUCUCCCUAUCCGCAAAAAAAGACCCAUGAUCUCCAGCCAAAUUGUCAUGCAAAACAUGCGGAAAAGGUGCCUUUAUUGACCGGGUCUGGUGGUGGGCAGUUCCUCCUGAAUGGUCAAUGUAUGCCGCGGCGACUGAUCGCGGUACUAGCGCUCGAUUUUGUAUGCAGUCCCCGCCGAAAGUGCUUCUAUCUUCGCCCACCCACCGGGACGAGCAGAUCCUUGGCCUGUCGCGCUGGGUGUGGGUCGUGCUCGUGUGGGUGUCCGCUACAUGAUGAUAAUGAUGAUGCAAAAAAUGGACGGGGAUGGGUCUUUUUCUGUGGAUACUCCCCGUCAGCUUUCUACUGCUCUUGAAGUUGUCGACGGAAAGAUGACGUACCGCUUAUUCUUGCGAAUAUAUCCGCGCCUAUCCGAAGAUGAUAUCCAGUGCAAAUAUGUCUGGGUCAUCUGGAAAUGCAUUGUGAUACUAAAAUUAGGAUGCUGUUCGUGGAAACACUUCCGAAAAAUUAAAUGCAACAACUUUGCAGAACGCUCCCCCAGACGCAGCCGGCAUGGGAAGCUGCGUUUUUGUAUGACAAAAGGGGCUGCGACUCGUGUCGUUGGUCAUCUUUUCACAGCGCAGUCUGUUUAGCACCAUAUACAGAUUUCACAGAAAUGUAAGGCCAGCGCUACAAGUGCGAACUUUCCAGACCCAGACACAUUAGCAAUUCAUAGAUGAGUCUGACAAACAUAAGUUCACGCAAGAGGAACUCGACGCUGUAUGAGGGUGCACAUCUCCGUCUUCUCCUCAUUAUCAAGGCAGGGCAACCAGAAACAGAGCCAGUGCCACUGAUGCAGGGCAUAACAAAACUCCGCGCACGGAAUUUUCUAGCACCGUUUGGGGUUGAUCAUCCGAAAAAACCUGUCAUGCCAAGACUGCUGAAAGGCAACAAUUGGAUUUCGAUUUCGUUUCAUCUUGCAUGAUAAAUGUCAUGCAACGCGUCAAUAAUUGUUGUGUUGCUGGUCCUUUGCCAGUCGCGGGGCAUGUUCGGGCGUUCCGGGCAGUGCCUUGUGCACCCCUCGGACCCCGCGCCCCCCCGGGCUUUAGUCGUGCAGUCUCAGACUGCGCGACUAAUGUUAAGCAUGACACUUGUCAUGACGAGCAGAAGGAGGAGGUUGUCGCGCACUCUCAUACGCCGCUGCCAGGAUGCUGUACCAGGUGAAAGCCGAUCUGGAAAAAAGCGGUGGCAGUGAGGGUUUUCUGGACUCACUGGCGCCGAGCGUGAAUGCCGAGCUGCAAGCCGCCGGGAUAGACGGCGCGUCCGCUACAACCCAGGGACUCAGCGAUGCCGGGCAAGGACUUAUCGUUGACACGCCGCUAGUCACCGAUGGAACUUCUACCCUAACUACGUUGCCCCAUCCCGAUGCGAAGAGCAUAUCUGUCAUCGUUUCCGAGAACGACACAGACGAUGGACUGGUCGCCGCCCUGGUGGCCUUAUUGAUCGUCGUCGUUGUUGCUAUUGCCGUUUGGUAUUUUCGUUACUACAAAAGUGCUACUGCUAGUGAUGUUCCGGCGCAGCAAGGAGGGCGUGGAUCAAGAAGUAGUCGCACUGGACGAGGGGAGGACAAACAGCGGGCCAACAAAAGAGAAGGUGCUCUCUCCUGGAAGCAGAAAGAUUUUGCGCCAUGGGAGGAGGAUGCUGCCGUGUGGGACAAUGAUGAUGCUGAUUUUGUUGACGAAAACACUUUCUCCGCGGAGAUUGAGAUGCGGGAGGAGCCUUAUGAUCUUCGAAAAAACCGUCCCCCAGUUCGAAUGCCUCCUCUUGCGCCCCCCAGCAGUACGCGUCUUCAGCCAUUGUCCGCGAAGCGGCUGCAGCAGGCACCGCAAAGCACGCAGGAAAGAGGACAAGCCGCCGCAGCGUUGGCCGCAGCAGGAGCAGCUCCCACAUCAAGAGCAGCGGCAGGGCCGCGGCGCGUGAGAGGACAUCAAGGCGGAGGUGGACAAGUGACGAAAAUAAAUAAACUGACUUCAUCCAUCACGACAGAGGAAGUGGAGAUCGAGGGUCGGAACAGCACCGGCAGCAAAGCGAGCAAGAAAAGCCGCUCCUCCCGAGGCUGGCGAGAUGAAGAUCAAACUUACAGCGCACCGGCUUCGACAGUGCAGCCAAAACCCAGGAAGAAGAGGAGCGACUUCUGAAGGAGUGCUAGUACAACUCCACGGACCUAGUACUUUUGUUCUGCUGGGAUCAUUCGGAUUCGCAAACAAGAGCUUCAAGAAAUCUAAAUCUAUUGACUCUACGCAAACAUAAUUUUUAACAUUCAACACACUCACAACAUUCAUAUUCUAAGUUCUCAACAUAGUACUCAGCAACGUAUCAAGAGGCCCUGCAUUAAAGUUUCGAAUUGAAUAAAGAUUUUCAAAUACCUUAUCCCAUGAGAGGCCACUAAUCGAUCGGCAUCCAUUCGAGUGACGCAGCCACGCAUGCGCAACGUAUACGACACAUACACGAUGUUUCGCACAAAAUGAG